GAGAGAGACGAUCGCGCGCAUUCUGCGUACGUGUUUGACGUAGCAGGGGAGCAGGAGGCAAUAAGGAUACUGUCAAAGAAACACUGUAAAGAAAAGGCAUUUUCUCGCUACUAGCCACUGUCAAAUAACCAAAAGUGAACCCUAUCGGGAAGGACACACACUGACAGCCUCCAGUGACUGUUUGUUUCCAGGGUCUGCUCGGUGACCUGCGUUAUUCCACAUAGAGUAGCAGAUGAAUGUAGCAAUGCCUGAAAAACAUGUCUCGCAAAGAAGAUAGUGAAGGGAAAAGGAGCUCUCACCGCACUGAAUUGUACAGCAGCAUCCCCCGAACAUGUCUGCCCAUUGUGUACCACCCAGAUUACAACAUCACCUUCAUGGGCCUCGAAAAGCUCCAUCCAUUUGACGCAGGGAAAUGGGGGAAAGUCGUUCGCUUCUUGAAAGAGGAGCAGUUCAUCACUGAUGGAAACAUCGUGGAAGCCCUUGAAGCUGCUGAGGACGAUCUGCUGGUGGUUCACACCAAACGCUACCUUAACAGAUUAAAGUGGUCUUUGGUGGUGGCAACGAUCACAGAAAUCCCACCUCUCCUGUUUCUGCCUAAUUUCCUGGUGCAGCGGAGGGUGUUGAGGCCUUUGCGGACACAGACAGGAGGGACAAUAAUGGCGGGAAAAUUAGCCGUUGACCGAGGAUGGGCCAUAAAUGUAGGAGGAGGCUUUCACCACUGCUCCAGUGACAGAGGAGGGGGCUUUUGUGCCUACGCUGACAUCAGUCUGGCCAUCAAGUUUCUGUUUGAGAGAGUGGAAGGCAUCUCCAGGGCUACCAUCAUCGAUCUGGAUGCUCAUCAGGGAAAUGGACAUGAACGUGACUUCAUGGAUGACAGGCGAGUGUUCAUCAUGGAUAUGUAUAAUCGCUACAUUUAUCCUGGGGAUGGAUAUGCCAAAAGAGCCAUAAGAAGGAAGGUAGAGCUGGACUGGGAUACUGAAGACUCUGAGUACCUUCAGAAAGUAGAGCUCCAUUCUGAGGGAGCUCUGAAUGAGGUCCGACCUGACAUCAUCGUCUAUAAUGCAGGGACAGACAUCUUGGAUGGGGAUCCCCUUGGAGGACUCUCCAUAUCACCACAGGGCAUUGUAAAGAGAGAUGAGAUUGUGUUCAGGGCUGCGAGGCGACGGGGCAUCCCUAUACUCAUGGUAACGUCCGGGGGAUACCAGAAAAAAACAGCUCGCAUCAUUGCCGACUCCAUUCUUAACUUACACCAGCAGGGCUUGAUUGGAGCAGAGGCUCUGGAGGGGGAAGGGGAGGGGUCAUCAUCGCUAGUGGCCAGUAUGAUGUGCAGCUCUGGACCUGCAGGAUCCACAUUCAGUGCUGUCUAACAGUCACAGGUGUGACCUCUACAGCUGUGACAUUUGAAGGCAGUAAAGUAACUUUAUAUUGUGCAGUUAUUGUGUGACAGAAGCAGUGAUAAUGUAAGGAAUGUGGUGGGGGGGUUUUUUGUUUGUCAAACUUUGUAAAAUAUUUACAUUUUUCUGUAUAAGUUGGAAGUUCUCAUUCAAAAACUAAAACUGUACCGAAACAAUAGCACUCUGUUGACUAUAGCAGAUUUACAUAAGCUCUCACAUGCAACAAAAAGAGUUUAAAUUAUAAUCAGUUGGAGAAUGGUGGGUCUGUAUUUGUUCAGGGCUGCGUUUUAGAGAGGUAUUAUAAUUUAUCUCAGGAAAUGUGAUGUCAUUUGUGAAGGAUAUGAUAUUCUGUGUUAAUAGUCCAUGAAAUGGUGCAGAGGUUUGAUGUUCUACACAUACAUGCUAAAUAUAUUAACUACCCCAUCUCAGUGUAUGGUUAUGGAGGUGAAAAGUAAAGAUAACUUCUGGUGAAAAGUGUAACUAUCAAACAUAAUUUAAUGGUGAUGUUUAACCUUCUUACAGAACCUAAUGUCUUAUUUAGUCCUCAUUAGAAUUUUGUUUUAUCAUUUCUAGUAUUAACCUGUGUUUUUCUUUGGAUAACUUUGUAAUCAUUAUAGAGUUAAUGGUGUUUGAUUAAUCGAGUUCAACCACUGGAUGGGUUUUUGUACGUAAUGCACUCAGUGCUUUAAAUCCACUCUUGAUGUCUACAGUUAAUGUUUACAGGGAGCCCAGUAUAAUUUCACUGUAGGUACUAAAAUGUUUUGUCCCAUCGGUCUUAACACUAAAACAAGUGACUCUGAGCACGUUAACUGCUGUAUGGUGAAAGAAGUCCAACAUUCCUAUGCUCCUGAAUAUCAAUGUUCUUUUUUUACUGUGUUCCAGUCGUCUAGACUUCAAAGUCCAAAAACUGGAAAGUGUCAGUGAUUAAAGAGCAGGCCUGUCCAGUGGAGCUUUUCAAGGGUUUUCCUUCUGAUUGGUUUGCUGUAGUGAGGCAUUCAGAACUCCCCUAAUGAUUUUUACACAUACAGUAGUUGUGUAAAAGGAGACAAAAUGGAUCUUUAAAAAUUUGGAUCCAUAUGAUUUAUGCAGCAGCUGUGUGUGUGUAAUAUUAACUAAGCCAUUUUAGUUUCAAUUUCUGUACUGAAUAAUGUUUUAAGUUAACUAAAACCUUAGUGCACUCUUUCCUUAUUUUUAUAGUAUAUAAAAUAUUGAUAUAACCCCUUAAUGCUAACGUAAAGCUUCACAAGGCAUAUUGGUGGAUCAGUGUGAGAGAGACAGUAAACGGGGAGAAAGAGUGGUACAACUUGUAACAACUGUGGACGUUGCAGUUAUGUGGUAUGGGCCUUAACCCUUCUCUUCUUCAUUUAUUUUGCUAUUAAUGACAUUGUAUUCACCAAGUAAAUUUAGAUCCGAGAAUGCAAUGAUACCACCAAAACAAUUGUGACUGGGCAAGAAAGAAAAGUGGCCCGAUGCUCAGACUGACUUUAAACAAACAUAGCCCAGUUCCAGACAUCUGAAUCACUGCCCACCUUACUGAUUUGUUUAGUGAUUUAAAUAGGCCAGGUGCAGUGGUCAUUAAUGGUUGUUACCUAAUGGAAAAACAGUUGACUUAUUGGAGUUUAGUAGGUGCGAUUCAUAAUGGGGAGUCAAUUUACUACAUAGCUAGCUAGCUACCUAGCAACAUUCAGGAAAAACAGCAACAGAAAAGGGACCACAAAAUUGGUGAUGCAGCUGUACAGGUUGUUGUAAAUCAAUGUAAGGAUAUGCAAAUGGUAAAAUACUUACCUAUCUGUUAAAAACAUCCAUCAUGGUUUACGGUCCAACUUUUAACUGGCAUUCACUUUCACUUUUGGGUGAACCCCCAAAUAAAGUGAUUUAAAUAAUCUGGAUACAGUAUUGGCUUACUUAGGACAUGUGUCACUGCCUGAUUGUCUGACUGCUUGUGUUUCUCACCCCAUGAGACUUUGUUGUAGCAAUAUCGGCCUGUUCCCAGAUGUCAGCAAUAUCUUUUAGUACAAAGUCAUUAUAAACAAUACAAAUGAUCAUGAAAACUAUAAAAAAAAUAACAAAAAAAUACCCAAGUUGUAAUCAAUUGUAAUUAUGCUUAAAACCCCAUAAAACAAGGUUUUCAUUCUUGAAAAAGCCAAACCCAUGACGUCUCAGUUGCUUUUAACAUUUUUGAGGCGAUUAGGUUUUUCUCUGCCCUACUAUGUAAUUUAGGUUAAAUUAAUGAGUGUAUUUCACAUUCAAAUCUUGUGUAGGGCAGCUUUAGCCAUGCUAAUUGACUUCUCAAAUUACAACAACAACCUGGGGGAGUACAGUAGUUGCAGAAAGAGGGACGGUUGCACACGUGUUCACAUUUUGAAGUUGCACAGUACACUGAGACAUGUACUGUUGGCUUCUGAGUACCUCUAGUUGUGGAAUACACACAUGGACAAAGUUGUUGACUUUGGCCUGAUAAUAUCCUGUGUUAGGAUUGGUAAGAAAGCUCAGGGAUAAGAAUUAGACAAGACAAAGCUGUUGACCAAAUUAUAAGAGACGUUAAUAUUACUGUGAAUGUGGCCAAGGGGUACUUUUAAUAAUAAAACCACAUCCUCCGUGGACUUUGUCUGCCGUUACAUGAGAUGUGUUUUUCCGUUUUGCAGCUGAGUGGACCUGAAGUGGCAGCUGGCAGGUGUUGCUGUAAUGAUUUUCAAAUGUAUUUUCACAUUCAUUAUCUUCUGCUGCUCUGGCUUCACUCUACUGUUUAAAAAAAAAAAGUUACAAAAGUUAGAGCCAAAGCACAGACGCAUGAUCAUUUAAAAGAUUAAAACGCCUAUCUUUGAACAGCAUGAAAAGCAGUGUUUGGUGCUUAUCCAGGAAGCUGUUUGGACACAUUCAUAAUGAAACUGUGAGAGGCGGGCCAUAUUAGUGGUGUCAGUUCUAAUUAGAUAAAGCCUUUGAUCUGGUGUGCUGCUUUUGAAUGCGGCUGAGAGGUUUAGUGCAGUCUACCUUUAAUUAGGACUCAGAAUAUAUCACUUACUGUAUGCAGGCCUCUUUAAUACCUGAUGCUAUCCCAGAUUCCAGCUCAUCAGCUCGUUUCUGUGUCAGCCAUUUGAGUUGAUUGAAUGUUGUGUGCCAAAAAUAACACUUAAGUCUUCAAAGCUGUACUGUACAUUUUUUGGUGUGUUUGUGGGUUUUGCUGACAUUAAAAACUACAUCUAUGCAUUCAUAAAGACAUUGAAU